AUGGCAUCUUUCGAGGAAAAGCCUCCACGGCCUUCUUCGAGAACGUCGAUCAACAUCACCAUGCCGCCCCUCGCCUUCCCCGCCAACUUGGUCGCCGUCAUCAGAGUCAAGAGCGCCGCCGCUGGUUGCCGUAUUGAGUCAACAUCCAUCUGGAGGUACUUCUACUUCUUCUUGAAAGAUACGACCGACAUCCUGGACAAUCCGGAUAACAAUGCCCAUAUCAAUUGCAUCCGGGCCAAAUCCGAUGAUGAAGUAGAAGAGAAGGCGUGGGAGGUCAUGUUCGAGGCAUAUGACGCUCAGAGAGGCAAACGCGUCUCCAGACUCCUCACAGCCUACUUCCCGAACUUCAUGGAUCGCUGGGAGGCCUUGGUGGCACUGAUGCGCCACUCCAAGGCUGCCGUAGCAGACCUUUUUGCCAUACACUACAUGGAUCGAUAUGUACACAACCCGGUGACGGAGCUUGAUACCAAACUUUCCAAUAACUAUACGAACAAAAUGCGGGACUUCAACAAGGAUGUCAAGGCUGCGAGCAAGUUCCGGGGCUCCGUGACCACUGUUGACCGAAUCACUUCGAUUUACUCGUCCGUCCUGAGAAACGCCCCCUGA